AUGCAAAAGGAUGGUGACUACCAUCCCAGCCGAAACUUAAAGGAGCUGACCCACCCUCUCAACCCUGAGGCAGCGUUGGCCGCCGAGCUCCCAGCCCCCGGGCCCACGUCCAGAGCGAGCUCCGGGCACCUCUGGGCAGGGGCGGCAGCGGAGCGGGCUGCUGGGGGCUCGGGGACCGCGCGAGGGCAGGCCUCCCCGCCCGGCCUCGCCCAGACGCCCGCGCCUCCUUCCCCAGGAAGCGGCGGCCCGCCUCCCCGCCCGCGCCGCCGCUGCCGAGGUUCCCUGAAGGCCUGUGCCCGGCGGCGAGAGCACAGCCACCGUGGCUUCCCUGCAGCGAGCGGCCUCCCCUCGCCGCCGUUUGGCACUUCUCCGGGGCGCCCUCAGCCCUGCCCGCGCCCACCUCCGAAUGGCGCGCCUAUAAUUAGACAAACUUACUGGUGUCCACUGUGCCCAUGGUGUAAACAGGACGGGCUGCCUCAUCUGCAGAAACUAAAGAAAGAAAGGCACGUUUGUCAACAAGAUGCUGCCAUAGAAAAUAGCAAGCUUCAGUGUGGAAACCUGGAAACUCAAAUCAAAUCUUUACAUACAGAAAAUGUAAAGCUUAAAUUUGACAUAGAAGCAGCCCAAGAAGACUUUGAGGAACAUAUGCUAAUGUCAUUCAUGACUGAACUCCAUGAAAAAUGAGAUCUUGUUAAAAACCUAAUGACAAUGAAAGAGGAACUUACACAAGAUUCCCAAAAUCCAGAAGAAAACCAGAUGAAACAAAUACAGGAAGACAUUGCAAAGUUAAAGGUUCAAAUUAUAACUGUAAAAGAAUCUAUCAUUGAAAAAACUUGUUUUCUUGAGGAAGAAAAAACUACCCAUGAAAAAUUAAGAAAAGAAAUAGAGGUACAAUGUAAGAGAUAUGGUGCCAUUCUUAAGCAUUUGCACUGUCAGGUGAGCAAACUUCAGUCAAACAGAAGACAAUGGCAAUGGAACAUUGAACAACUGGAAAAAAAUGCAGCUGUACUAAGAAACGCAUUGGAAUGAAAGAUUAAUAUGGCCAUAGAGCAAUGUAGAGCACAGACUGCCUGCAAAAAUUAUGGGACAUAAGGAUUAGCAAAUCGUUUGGAUUCUUAACAACCAGCAUUCACUGUCAGCAGUCUGUCUGAAUGAAAGAUGCAUUUUCUUUUUUUUUAAAUCAGUCAUCUGUUUCAAAGUGCCUUCCAACCCUACAAUUGA